AUGCGGACAGGAACUGCGUUGCCCGGAUCAUUCCGAGAUGAAAAAGCAGACGCUGAUGCGACAUCGUGUCGAUCGUGUUAUCUCGCAGCCCAUCGUUUACGCUACUUGACCCGAAACGUUCGAGUGAAACCGGGUUUCCCGAAUGCGAACCCCUUGCAGGGAGGAAUGAGGACGGAAACAUUUCCUCUUCCUCUUAUUAGGAGGGUGCAGGGUCGAGUGAGCGCCAAAAUACCAACUGAGCGUCGAGGAAAACUGAGCGUUAUGUUCAAUGAGAGAUGGUCGACUCUUCGGCAAAUGGCGGAUGCGUUUGAUGUGGCAGUGCAAGAUUCGAUUUCAACAACUGCCAAAAGCAAAUGUGAAGACAAGGAACUACGUGCUCUCCCAAAAGGACCGCCAUGUGGCGUAGAUCUAGGGUCAACUGGUCGACAGCUCACAAAAUGCGAAAAAGAUCUGUUGUUCGACAUGCUGUCAGAUCGUUUGGCACAAAAACAAAUCACUGGUCCCAUCGCUGGAAAAAUGCGAAGAGAGAAACUAAAUACUUUGGAAGAUGCCGUCGGUCGAGGUGUCAUGACUAUUUCUGAGGCAAAAGCUGGAGCUCGACAAUGGCUGGCCAAUGCUCGUCCACCAUGUCUGAACAAAGAGGAGAAGGCAGCUGCAGAUGAUUGUAACAGAUGUCCAGCACCGAAGGACAUUCCUUAUGGAUCUGAGAACAGAGAUAUUUGCUACGACAAAAUUGCCUUGGACAUCAACAAAGUCGUCAUGGGUUCUGACGUGGCAGAGAAUUUGUUCAUGAAGAAUAAAGCGAGGUCGACUGUAAACGACAUCGUGCAUCGUUACAACUGCCUGUUGGAUGAAAUCCCAUUGUUGGAGCAAGAAAGAGACCGAAUUUUGCCAACUGUGGAACGAAAGCGUCAAGAGCUCGUACGAUUGAAGGCAGAUCUCGGAACUUGGAAUGAAGAAAAACCACGGAUGGAGAUUCAACUCAAUGACUUGAUUUGUAUAAAAGAGGAAGCAAAUAAAGACUUGGCCAGGCUCAGGGGAGAAAUUGAUCGAAUCAAGCAGAACAUGGUGAAUCACGAACUAGCGCUGAACAAGUUAAGAUGCUUACCGGCAGAAGUACAGGAAUGUUAUGCCGAAUUGGAAAAGUUAGCUUCGGAUUUGGAAGAAGCGGAAACGCGAAUUGGCGAGGCGAAGCAGGACUAUCACAAAAUGUACACCACGACAAAAAUGCUGACGGACUCAAUCCUGAACCUGAAGUACAUCCCGGAUGUCGUGAGGUACUUCGCUGAAUAUCCGGACAACGUUUUCAUUUCCGAGUUCAUGAACGAUAGAGACCUCAAUCCGAAACGGAUGAUGACCAUAGAAGCCAAGGUGAAGCAUUCCAUCGUUUUGGCAUCAAGGCUGAAACAACUUCUGCAGAGAUACGAGCAAAAUGAACGACGAGUCAUGAAGGGAUUGAGUUAUUAAUUUUUCUAUCAUUCUUCAAGAUGAUUUCAUUUUCUGUGCUCUAGUUCGCUGAUCUCAAGCUUGUUAUAAAGAAUAUUUGUGUCAGUCUGUGAGACCCAUUAUA